AUGGCGGCGCCGGUACCGGAGCUAUGGCAGAGUUGCAGCAGGUGGGAGUUCAAUGUGUCAAUGCAAUACUUGCCCAACCAGCCUGCUACUACGGCUAUCAAAUUACUGGCCUUCUCCGAAGAUCAAGUUGAACAGGCCCAACAUACGACAGCAGACAUCUAUGAGAGGUUAUUGCGGGAGGCGAUACUCGAACCCCAAGACCUAGAGCCAGAUAUGCGUAAACGAAUGCAAGAUCGCCUUUAUGCGGCAAACAGACAAGAGAAUCUACACCGGUACAUCGGUAUAAGAUGGCAGUCUGAUUGGUGGAGAGCUUUCCAGUUCAACAAGCCGCCUAGCCGUCGAUUCCUCUUGCCAAUCAAAAAGAUAGCCAGGUCCUAUAACCUUCAAGAGACGGUAUCGUUGAUUCAGUCCAAAAACCCGGGCUGGAAUUCACCUGCAGAGCGCCUCUUCAAUGACGUCGCCGAGGCCCUCGAUGGCGACCCGCAAAACUCGCCCAAACGUCAUCAUCAAGACAGCGACAGCGAUUCGUCUGGCAAUAGCGUCUCUAAAAAGGUCGCCAAGGGCACGAUCGACCGUCCGCGAACCUGA